CGAGGCGUGGCCAUGCCCGCGGGGGAGUACAGCCGGCGGCCGAUUCCGUGCGACAACUCGCUGGAAGUCAUAGCCGUCUUGACUUCGACAUUGCUAACGGCCACCGACAAGAUAUCCGUCCUGCAACGACUGUGGGGUAUUCUCCAUCUGGACAAAGCCACAGUCACGUCGAUGGCGGAAACGACAUUGCCAGUACUGUUGCAAAUGCGUCUGUCGUCGCCGGAAGUCAACUACUGGCUUGCUGCUGUUCUUGAAGCCUUCACGGCUUCCACAAGCGUCAUCAUCCACAAAUUGCCUGCCAGGGACGCCGUGCUUACGAUGCUCGCCAAGCUCCUGAGAGUACCCGACCCCAUGAAUGCCUUCGUCCUGUCGAAAUGCAACGCCGCCAACGCCAUCGCUAACCUUAUUCAGGUGGGAGGUGAGCAAGCUGCCCAGUUGAUCGCAACCGACUACUCGGUCGCGAUCGUGUCGUCAUUGUGUGCAUUGCUCUCCCUCAAGAACGAAUGCUCCCAAGUCGCAUGUUUGCGAGCCCUUUGGCGAUUGGUAUUCCAUUGCCCCCAUGUACGCGGCACAGUGAGUAGUCACCUGGAAAACAUGUCCGAGUUUCAGUCCAACAAAGACAUUGUUCGCAUCACGGAGGAACUGCGACCCUUGCUGGUACAGCCAGAGAAACCAAUUAAAUAGAUGAACAUUGGCGUGAAGAGUAAUACAGUUCGUCAGGGCUCAGCUCAUAGCCGCCGAAAC